UGAGCAUGACAAGUGUGUGUCCGCAACGUGUCAGAUUUCGAAACUGCCUUGCAAUCCAGUCCGGAACUCGCAGCUCUAGCCCGGGGGAACAGACAUUCGCCCGGGCCGUCUACGUCUCAUUCCUCCCCUCCCCACCCCCUCACCUCCCUCUGUGGCUGUUGCAGGAAGAGCCCCGGGAGAAGGAGGGUGCGACGCGCCGCGCCCGCGUGUCAAUGGCAGCCGCGCAUUCUGGAAGAAGUGUUGUUGCAGCAUCUGGCAGUGAGACCGAGGAUGAGGACAGCAUGGACAUUCCCCUGGACCUCUCUUCAUCGGCUGGUUCAGGCAAGAGACGGAGAAGGGGCAACCUGCCCAAGGAAUCCGUACAGAUUCUCCGCGACUGGCUGUAUGAGCACCGAUACAAUGCCUAUCCCUCAGAGCAGGAAAAAGCCUUGCUGUCCCAGCAAACACACCUGUCUACACUACAGGUCUGUAACUGGUUCAUCAACGCCCGCCGCAGGCUCCUCCCUGACAUGCUGAGAAAGGAUGGCAAAGAUCCAAAUCAGUUCACAAUUUCCCGCCGUGGGGCCAAGAUUUCUGAAACCAGCUCUGUGGAAUCAGUCAUGGGCAUCAAAAACUUCAUGCCAGCGCUAGAGGAGACCCCGUUUCAUCCCUGUACAGCUGGGCCAAACCCAAUCCUAGGGAGGCCACUGUCUCCUAAGCCAUCAUCUCCAGGGUCGGUUUUGGCUCGUCCAUCAGUGAUCUGCCAUACCACUGUGACUGCACUGAAAGAUGUCCCGUUCUCCCUCUGCCAAUCGGUUGGUGUGGGACAAAACACAGAUAUACAGCAGAUAGCGGCCAGCAGCUUUACAGACACCUCGCUCAUGUACCCAGAGGACACGUGUAAAUCUGGACCAAGUACAAAUACACAGAGUGGUCUUUUCAACACUCCUCCCCCUACUCCACCGGACCUCAACCAGGAUUUUAGUGGAUUUCAGCUUCUAGUGGAUGUUGCACUCAAACGGGCCGCAGAGAUGGAGCUUCAGGCAAAACUUACAGCUUAACCAUUUUUCAAGCAAAACAGUUCUCAGAAAUGUCAUGAUUGCCGGGGUGUGGCAAGAGAUGAAUUGCAUUAUUUUAUAUAUUUUUUUAUUAAUAUUUGCACAUGGGAUUGCUAAAGUGAAGCUUCCUGUUACUGAAAUGUCUUCAAUGGAAUACAGUCAUUCCAAGAACUUAUAAACUCAAAGCUACUGUAGAAACAAAGGGUUUUCUUUUUUAAAUGUUUCUUGGUAGAUUAUUGAUAAUGUGAGAUGGUUCCCAGUAUCAUGUGAUUUUUUUUUUUUUUUUCCUCCCUUUCCUCCCCUUUUUGGUGUUUUUUCAGACUGUGCAAUACUUAGAGAACUUAUAGCAUCUUCUCAUUCCCACGUGGAACCAGAUGCCCACAUACUGUCUAAUUAAUAAGUUUUCAGUUUUUUUCAAACAAGUAUGAAUCUAGUUGAUUGAUGCCUUUUUUCAUGACAUAAUAAAAGUAUUUUCUUUAAAA